AUGUCUGAAGCAGAGGCGAACGGGACCUCGGGACACAAGCGGCGCAGGGUACAACGGUCGCCGUCGCCAGAGUACAAGCUCGAUGACGACGACAACUAUGAGCCGUACAUCCCGGUAGCGCAGCGCCGUCAGGCGAAGCUGGCCAAGCUCACGUCGUGGGGCGCGAACGCAGAAAAGGAUAGGGCGGAGAAACAGCUUGAGGAAGAACAGGAGAGGGAGGAUGAGGAGCGCGAGGAAGAGCGAAGAAGGGAAAAGGAGAGAAAAGAGAGGACUCUGCUUAUGGAGGCGCAGGAGGUACAUGACAAGAAAGCUGCUGAAGAUGCCAAGAAAACUGAUGCAGAGAAGGCUGAGGAACAGGAUGCGGAGAUAUUGGCUGCGAUUGCCAGUCGAAGAAAGCUUGCCUCUGAUCUGGAGUUGGCCAAGGGCGUGCAAUACACCGAGUCACUCAAGACGGCGUGGAGGCCACCGAAGUUCGUUCGCGAGCGCACGGAGGAAGCACACAGGCGGCUCCGGGAGAAGUAUCACAUCAUUGUCGAAGGCGAGGACAUACCACCGCCUAUUGAAAACUUUACUGAUAUGAAAGUACCGGAACCACUGGUCAAGUUUCUCAAGUCAAAACGCAUCACUAAGCCGACCCCAAUUCAACUUCAAGGCAUUCCUAUCGCGUUCUCUGGUCGUGACAUGAUUGGCAUUGCUUUCACGGGCUCUGGAAAGACCCUUGCAUUCUGCCUUCCACUUAUCAUGUUCGCCCUCGAGGAAGAGUCUAAGCUGUCGUUCGUCCGCGGCGAAGGCCCCGUCGGCGUCAUCCUGUGUCCAUCACGCGAACUCGCGACGCAGACAUAUGAGAACGUGUUAACGUGGACAGAUGCGCUCGCCAAGGGCGGCUACCCCCACCUCAGCACCCUGCUCUGUAUCGGCGGUAUCUCGAUGGGCGAUCAGAGCCAUGUGCUGAGCAAGGGCUUACACAUUGUGGUGGCGACACCGGGACGGCUGAUUGACAUGUUGGAGAAGAAGCGGUUCACUUUCCUUCAAUGCAAGUACCUGUGCAUGGACGAGGCCGAUCGCAUGAUCGAUCUUGGGUUCGAGGACGACGUGAGGAAUAUUAUGAGUUUUUUCAAGCAUCAGCGACAAACGCUUCUAUUCUCUGCUACUAUGCCCAGAAAGAUUCAAGACUUCGCGCAACAAUCUCUAGUCAAGCCGGUGCUAGUUAACGUCGGACGUGCAGGUGCAGCGAACUUGGACGUGCUACAGGUGGUAGAAUACGUCAAACAGGAAGCAAAGAUGGUCUAUUUGCUUGAAUGCUUGCAGAAGACACCUCCUCCGGUAAUUAUCUUCAGCGAGAACAAGAAUGAGGUAGACGACAUUCAAGAAUAUCUUCUUCUCAAAGGUGUCGAAGCGGUCGCGAUCCACGGCUCCAAAACACAGGAAGAACGACAAUACGCGAUCAAGUCCUUCAAGUCUGGUGCGAAGGAUGUCAUGGUCGCGUCGAGUGUCGCCUCGAAAGGUCUUGAUUUCAACGACAUUCAACAUGUCAUCAUCUUCAGCAUGCCGAAGGAGAUCGAGGACUACGUGCAUCAGAUCGGGCGUACAGGCCGUAGCGGUAAGACGGGUAUCGCAACGACCUUCGUGAAUAUGAACACGGCCGACCAGACGCUGUUGGACUUGAAGUACCUGCUGAUGGAGGCAGGUCAGAAGGUCCCGCCAUUCCUGAUGAGCAUCGAGGAUCCGAGGGUGGCACAGGGCGGGUCGCUCAAGGGCUGUCCGGUAUGUGGUGGUCUAGGACAUGGGAUCUCGAAUUGCCCGAAGCUCGAGGAUACGCAGAGGCGGCAGAUGGCGUCGCACCGGGUGUCAGACGAUAGAGGAGGUUACUAG